AUGCGGAGCCCGCCCAGGCUCAGCCCAUCGUCCUUACCCCUUCCCCUCCUGCCCAUCGCCAUCCCCCUCAUCCUCUGCAUCUCCUUCUGCACCACCUCGAGCUGCAGCCGCGUCGACCUCCAAAGGGGGACAACCGCCAACGAUGGGCUGACCCUUUCUGGGCGGAGCCUGGCCCAGGACGAAUUCAAAGGGGACGAUCUUCCCUUCGUGGCGUCUUUACGGGAUGGGGGUGAGCAUUUUUGCGGCGGCGUGCUGGUGGCGCCGGAUCUCGUGGUAACCGGCGCGUCCUGUGUGACCACUCGAGGGCGCGGCCACCCGAACGUGAGGAUCGGAUUCGAUGAAGCUGGAGGCAAUGGCGCCUCUGAGGAGGAGUUUGAGACAUGCCGGACGAUUGUGCACGGAGGAUUCGACGCCGAUCGGCUGCAGGACGGCAAUGAUCUGGCCCUGCUGGUGCUGAACGGGUCGUCGGCAGCGAGGACGGCGGAUUUGGGAACGGCGGGGGAGGGGGCGGGGGGGGAGCUGCUGCUGGCGGGAUUCAGGCAGGCGCUGGGGCAGCGAGAGGUGGAGUUCCGCGUGGAGAGGAUGGCCUAUGUGGCGAACGAUGAGUGCCAGGCCCUAUGGGAGGACCAUCUGGGGAUAGCGGACCUCAUGCUGGGCAACACGGACAACCUGCUGUGCGCCAGCUCCAUCGACGGUUUGGCCGCCUGCAGGGGGGACACCGGCAACCCGGUCGUGACCGCUGAUGGGCAGACCCUGGUGGGGGUUGUGUCUUUUGGCCCUCCAAACUGCUUCUCCGUGGAGAUACCCUCCGUUUCGGCUCGCGUGUCGGCAUUCCUGGACUUCAUCGAAGAGCGAGGGGACAGGCAGGCUGUGGUGACGGACAACCCGGACUGCAGUGCCUGA